CUGCAGGUUCUUUGCUUUUUGUAGAUGAUGUCAUUGUUUCUAUAUUAGAUGUAUCUUACUAUGAUCUCUUCUGCUUUAACAAAAUUAUUUUAAAACAUUUUGAUGUUAUUUUUUUGCAAGGAAACUCUGCUGUCUGUUCUCAUCAAAGCCCUUUUCUGACCUAAAAUUAUUUUCUUGGCAUGCAGGUUGCAUACAGUGAUCUGAAACAUAAUGGUGGUUUUCAGAAAGGGUGAUCAUGUGUGGCUGGACACUCAACCAAACAGUGAAUUUAAUGUCCCUAUUGGGGCAAUUGUGAAGGAAUCUGACUCAGGACGGAUCUUGCUUGAGGAUGAUGAAGGCAAGGAGCACUGGAUCACGGCUCGGAACAUGCACAUGGUGCGCCUGAUGCACCCUUCCUCUGUCCAGGGGGUAGAGGACAUGAUCCGCCUCGGGGAUCUCCAUGAAGCUGGCAUGGUGCACAACCUCCUCAUCCGACACCAGGAGCACAAAAUCUAUACUUACACAGGAUCAAUCCUUGUAGCAGUGAAUCCAUACCAGCUGCUGCCCCUCUACACAGUGGAUCAGAUCAGACUGUACUGUAACAAGAGGAUUGGAGAGCUUCCACCUCAUGUCUUUGCCAUUGCAGACAACUGUUACUUCAAUAUGAAGAGGAAUAAGAGAGACCAGUGCUGUGUGAUCAGUGGAGAAUCUGGUGCUGGUAAAACUGAAAGUACAAAGCUAAUACUACAGUUUUUGGCAGCUGUCAGUGGCCAGCAUUCCUGGAUAGAGCAGCAAAUCCUAGAGGCCAAUCCCAUUCUGGAAGCUUUUGGAAAUGCCAAGACAAUUCGAAAUGACAAUUCAAGCCGCUUUGGGAAAUACAUUGAUAUUCACUUCAACCAAAAUGGUGUGAUAGAAGGAGCCCGGAUAGAACAGUUUCUCCUGGAGAAGUCCCGGGUUUGCCGGCAGGCUCCAGAGGAGAGGAACUAUCACAUCUUCUACUGCAUGCUAAUGGGGAUGAAUACAGAGCAGAAAAAGAUGCUGAAUCUGGGCACUGCUUCAGAGUACACUUAUCUCACUAUGGGUAACUGCAUGUCCUGCGACAGCCGGAAUGACGCCAAGGAUUACGCCCACAUCCGCUCAGCUAUGAAGAUUCUCAUGUUCUCAGACUCUGAGCACUGGGACAUCAGCAAGCUGCUGGCUGCAAUCCUGCACCUAGGGAAUGUAGAGUUCCAAGCGGCCGUGUAUGACAACCUGGACUGCUCUGAUGUGAUAGACUCACCACACUUCUCCAUCGCCACCAAAUUGCUCGAGGUGGACUCUACUGAACUGCAGAACAGCCUCACAAACCUCUCCAUCAUUGUCCGAGGAGAAAGUGUGUCCAGGCCUCUGAAUGUGGUUCAAGCUGCCAAUGGGAGGGAUGCCUUUGUGAAGGGUAUAUAUGGACGGAUUUUCUUGUGGAUCGUGAACAAAAUCAACUCAGCCAUUUUCAACCCAGCUUCUGAGAAGCCUAAAGACAGACAUCAAUCCAUUGGACUGCUGGACAUUUUUGGGUUUGAAAACUUCAGCAACAACAGCUUUGAGCAGCUGUGCAUUAACAUUGCAAAUGAGCAUCUUCAGCAGUUCUUUGUGCACCAUGUCUUCAAGCUGGAGCAAGAGGAAUACCUUGCAGAGCACAUUGCCUGGAACAACAUUGACUUCACUGAUAACCACCAGGCUCUGGAAGUCAUUGCACUCAAGCCCAUGAAUAUCAUCUCCCUCAUUGACGAAGAGAGCAGGUUCCCAAAGGGCACAGAUGCCACCAUGCUUAUCAAAAUCAAUUCUCUACAUGGUAAAAGUAAAGUCUACAUCCCACCUAAGAAUGUUCAUGAUACCAAGUUUGGCAUCAACCACUUUGCUGGGGUUGUCUUUUAUGAAUCAAAAGAUUUCCUGGAGAAAAAUCGUGACACACUGAGUGCUAAUGUAAUGCAAGUGGUCCAUUCCUCCAAAAACAAAUUCCUGAGAGAGAUUUUCCAGGUGGAAACAACCCCACCUAGUCUGGGACGUGGGACCAUUCGACAUCUUGGAUCUGACCAGGUCUACAAGGGCUUGGAUACCACCAAGAGGCUCUCAACACUGGGAGGACAGUUCAAGCAAUCCCUGGAAAAACUAAUGAAAAUCCUUGAGCAGUGCCAGCCGUACUUUGUCCGCUGCAUCAAGCCAAAUGACUACAAGAAACCACUGUUGUUUGAUCGGGAACUAUGUAUCAAACAGCUGCGAUAUUCAGGGAUGAUGGAGACCAUUCAGAUCAGGAAAGCUGGGUACCCAAUUCGCUACAGCUUUGAGGAGUUCUUAGAGAGAUACAGAUUUCUUCUGCCAUGGUCUCUUCGACAACAGCUGAAGAAUGAUACCCGACAGAGCUGCAUCAGCAUCUCUGAAGCAGUGCUGGGCAAGGAUGAAAGCUGGCAAGUUGGAAGGACUAAGAUUUUCCUUAAAGAUCAUCAUGACACUGUAUUGGAGCUGCAACGCCAAAAUGUACUCACAGAUAAGGUUCUUCUUAUCCAGAAGGUGAUGAGAGGAUUGAAGGACAGGAAGCAGUUCCUGAAACAGAGGAACUCUGCUGUAGCCAUUCAGUCAGCCUGGAGAGGCUAUUGCUGCCGGAAGGAGUUCAGAAUGGUGCUGCUGGGCUUCGGGCGCCUGCAGGCCCUGUACCGCAGCCGGCAGCUGGCUCAGCGCUACGAGGCCACCCGGGCUCGGAUCAUCAGGUUCCAGGCCAUGUGCCGAGGUUACCUGGUGCGCCAGAAGGUGGCAGAGCAGAAGAAAGCCGCGUGUGUCAUACAGGCAUAUGCCAGGGGCAUGCUCGCUCGCCAAACCUACCGGAGGAUAAAGGGGGAGGUAAUGCUCACAGAUACCUUGUGAACACACUGUUUCUGUGAAAUUCCAAUAGAGAUUUUAUCACCAGAAAGUGAGGCAGAAGAAAAACAAAGGAGGAACGUGCUUGCCAAUAAACCAACAAAUCUUGAUGUUAUCAGUGACCAAGAAAUGGUGGACAAAAUUUUUGGGUUUUUGCCUUCUGUGAUUGGAGGCCAAGAAGGACAGGCUCCUCUGGGUUUUGAGGACUUGGAAACAAAGCCUAACAAGCUGGAGGAAGUGGACCUGGACAUGGUUCCCAUGAGUUUGGAGCUAGAAGAGGAAGCACAUGGUUUGGAAGAGUACACCUUCCCCAAGUUUGCAGCUACUUAUUUCCAGGGGUCUUCUACACAUACACAUAUCCGGAGACAGCUGCGGCACCCGCUACUCUACCAUGAUGACAAGGACAACGUCCUGGCUUCUCUAGCUGUGUGGGUGAUCAUCCUGAGGUUCAUGGGGGACCUGCCAGAGCCACCAAUGUUUGCCAAAAGUGCCACCACCAAGAGCAGCUCCGUGAUGACACAGAUAUAUGACACACUUGGCAGGAAAAACCAGGUCCAGCUGAGGAAUGACAGCCCAAAUAUGAGAGAAGGCAGAAGGGAUAACAAGAUUUCUAAGGGGAUUUCAUCCCUGAAGCUGAAACGGUCAUCCAAGCUGACAGGGAAGGUGGCAGAUCAGCUACGAAAUGGAGAAGAAGCUUUCCAAGAGGACGUCUCGAUCUCUCAGAGACCUAUGUCCAACCUAGAAAAAGUACACUUCAUUAUUGGCAAUGCAAUUCUGCGUCCUGGCAUCAGAGAUGAGAUUUAUUGCCAGAUUUGCAAACAACUCACUGAAAACAGCAACAGGAACAGCUAUGCUCGUGGCUGGAUCCUUCUGUCACUUUGCCUUGGCUGCUUUCCUCCUUCAGACACGUUUGUGAAGUACCUGUUGAACUUCAUCCACCAUGGGCCCACAGGCUACGCUCCAUACUGUGCUGAGCGUCUGAGGCGCACCUACAGCAAUGGGGCCCGGACUGAACCUCCCAGCUGGCUGGAACUUCAGGCAACAAAGCAGAAGAAACCCAUUAUGUUUAAUGUCACCCUGAUGAAUGGCCAAAGCAUCACUAUCCCUGCAGACUCUGCUUCCACUGCCAAAGAAAUCUGUCAGUUCAUAGCAGAUAAAACCAAACUGAAGGAUGUCUUUGGAUUUUCGCUCUACAUUGCUGUGUUUGAUAAGGUCUGGUCGCUGGGCGGGGGCCGAGACCACGUCCUGGAUGCCAUCUCUCAGUGUGAGCAGCUGGUGAAGGAGCGGGGCACACACGAACGCCACGCACCCUGGCGCCUCUACUUCCGGAAGGAAAUCUUCACCCCCUGGCACAACUCCCGGGAGGAUCCUGUCAGCACUGAUCUCAUUUACCACCAAGUCAUCCGUGGCAUUCGAUUUGGGGAGUACCGCUGUGAAAAGGAGGAAGAUUUGGUGGAGAUAGGUGCGAAAUAUUGUUAUAUCCAAUUUGGAGAUACCAUCCACAAUGAACUUGUGCAGAAGGUGCUCCAUGACUGCAUCCCAGUAAAACAGCUGAAGUCCAAGCCCCUGGAAAAGUGGGUGAGCCUUAUAACCUAUGCACAUGCUAAGGCCCCAUAUACACAGGACCAUCUCUCCUCUCAGACUGUGAAGGAGCAACUUGUAGAUUUUGCUCGCUUUCAGUGGCCUUUGCUUUUUUCCAGAUUCUUUGAAGUCACUAAGUUUUCAGGACCCAGCUUGCCUAAGAACCACUUCAUCAUUGCUAUAAACUGGAAAGGCAUCUGCUUCUUGGAUGAGUCAGAAAAGCGGUUCCUUGAGCUGACCUUCCCAGAGAUAACUGGAAUCCACACCAACAGGGCAGUGAAGUCAUUUGGACAGAGUUGCACUCUCAUCACCCUUCGUGCAGAGGAGUUUGUUCUGACAUCUGUAAACAGCGUUGUCAUUGCUGAACUGGUGGUGAUGUUCCUGGAAGGACUGAAGAAAAGAUCACGAUUUGCUGUGGCAAUGCAUGAGAAAAAAUCCCAGGAAGAUCCUGGCAUCCUGUCCUUCAAGAAGGGAGACUUGCUAAUCUUCACCGAAGACAAAAGGCUGGAUCUGGCCCAGACAGAAUGCAGACAAAAUGCAGAUUCUGGCUGGAUCUGUGCCCAGAAUGAAAGGACAGGCAAAACAGGGAAUGUAUUUUUGGAAGACAUCUACAUCAUUCCUUCCCUCACAAAACCCUCUAGUCAAGUGCUGAGUUUGCUGAUGAUGUCUCCAGACCAGAGGAGGACAGCUUCCCAGAACUCCUUCAUGGAGGAACCUGAUGAAGAGGAUAUCAAGGUGAAGCCUUACACCCUGGAGGAGUUCUCCUACGAACACUUCAGGACUCCUGAGAAGGAAUCCAUCAGCAAAGCUGUUCUCCAGAAAUCCCGUGGGCACAGUCAACUGUGGGCACAUUCUAAGGAGCCUCUGAAACAGCCAUUGCUGAAGAGAGCAUGCACAGACCCUGAUCUUCGGGAUUUGGCCUGUCAGGCCUUCAUUGCCAUCAUGAAAUUCAUGGGAGACUACCCCUCAAAACAGGCACACUCCUCUGUGGAAGUGACUGACCAGAUAUUUGUCCCAGCCAUCCAGGAGGAGAUCCUGCGGGAUGAGAUUUACUGUCAGAUUAUGAAGCAACUGACUGAGAACAGAAACAGGUACAGUGAGACCAAAGGCUGGCAGCUCCUCUGGCUCUGCACUGGCCUCUUCCCACCCAGCAAGUCACUGCUCAAACACGCCCAGAAGUUCAUAGAGACACGUCAGAAAGAAACACUGGCCCCGGGGUGCCGCCGGAGGAUUCAGACAGUAAUGAGGAGCGGCUGCAGGAAGUGGGCACCUCAUCCUGUGGAGGUUGAGGCCAUCUUACAGAACAACACUAAGAUCUCACACAAGAUUUGCUUCCCCAAUGAAACAGAGCAGACAUUUGAUGUGGGAACAAACACCAAAAUCCAGACUCUGUGUCAGAACAUUGCUUCCAAAUUGCAACUGCAGUCCUGGGAAGGUUUCAGCCUCUUUGUGAAGAUUGCAGACAAGGUGAUCAGUCAGAAUGAAGCAGAUUACUUCUUUGACUCACUAAGGCAGGUGACAGACUGGAACAGAAGGAACAAACCAGGAAAAGAUGGGGCUGCUCUGUCUGUGGCGUAUGAAGUGUACUUCAUGAGGAAGCUGUGGCUGAAUGUCAUUCCUGGCAAGGAUCUGAAAGCUGAUACCAUUUUCCAUUACCACCAGGAGCUGCCAAAGUACCUCAGAGGCUACCACAAGUGUUCCAAGGAUGAAGCUGUGCAGCUGGCAGGGCUGAUUUAUAAAGCACACUUCAACAACGACCGCACACAGCUGGCAGCCAUCCCCAAAAUCCUGAAGGAGCUUGUGCCAGACAAUCUGCUCCGAGCAGCGUCACCAGACGAAUGGAAGAAGAGCAUUAUUGCAGCAUAUAGUAAACAUGAAGGAAAAACUGUGGAUGAGGCCAAGAUUGCUUUCUUGAAAAUGAUACACCGGUGGCCAACAUUUGGAUCAGCCUUCUUUGAAGUGAAGCAAGCCUCAGAGCCAAAUUUCCCAGAGAUUGUACUGAUUGCAAUCAACAAGCAAGGAGUCUCACUGAUACAUCAGAAGACAAAGGAUAUUUUAACAGUCUACCCCUUCAAUAAAAUCUCCAACUGGAGCAGUGGGAGCACAUAUUUUCACAUGACAAUAGGGAACCUGGUACGAGGAAACCGGCUCUUAUGUGAGACAUCUCUGGGUUACAAAAUGGAUGACCUGUUAACAUCCUACGUACGCCUGCUCAUGAAUGCUGUAAACAAGCAAAAGAACCUCCCAGCCUGAGAGUGGAAAUAGAGCCUGUGACCUGUACUUGUGCCAAACUACCUGUAAUUUCAUAUCCCAGAAGAAAUGCCAUUUAAAAAAUAUUAAUCUUGAUGAUCGACCUUCUGAUCACACACUGAAUGAACUGAGCUGCUGAAAUACUACUACAGAAGAAGCUCAAGUGAGCAUGUCCUUUCAAAUAUCUGUAACACUUCUUAGAUGUAGUAUGAGAAUUCCAUUCAGAUAUUGGAUUUAGAGAAAGUUUAGAUGAUUUUAAUAUUCUAUGGGAGUGGGGAAACCCUGUGAGAGCCCCUUCUAAUAGCCUGACUCUCCUCCAAGAGAGACACAAGUUAAGAGCUGUCUUCCUUUUGGAAAGAAAAUGCCCCUUUAUUGUAUAUGCCCUCACCAAAGGCACAAAUUCCAAGUCUUUGGAAACAAAGGUAACGUAAUUUUUUUCUUCCUCUUGGCAAUUAUAAGAGUGGGGAGAUGCCCUUUAGUAGUAGAUAACUGAACACUGAAAGGUAAGAUGUUGGGUUUCAUCCUCUGGUCCCUAGGUUACAUGCUGCACAUUACAGUAGACUGUCAGAAUGUAACUGCCCUUCCUGUAUGCUACUAAACUUGCAGGCUGUCCCCUGACUUACCAGGGCCUUGCUUAAAUGAAAUGGUCUUCUUUCUUCCACAUGUUAUGAUGCUCUCAUCAUUGUUGAAACUAACAACUGCUUUCUACUGCGCAGUUUCUAAUACGCUCUGAAAUGAGUCUGGGGUUUGGGAUCAUCACUUUUAGUUGGUCCUGUUUCAAGAUACAGAUGAGCUAUUCAGUGCAAAUCAGAACUGAAGAACUCAGACUAACAGAAGUCUGUUGAAAAGAGAGUUUUCUGCUCUACAAAAAUGUUCUGUUUGGAGUUAUGCAGACAUUCCUUCAUGAGACAAGAAUAAUAGCUUUAAUUUGUCCUGAUCUUUUCUGCUUCCUGUUUAGCAGACAGUUUCGGUGGUAAAAUUUGAUUCAGCACUUGUUCAUCUCUAAGAGCUUUGUAGAAACAUAGUUUGGAUGCCACGGGAACCAGAGUGUGCUCUGAGUCUGUAAAGCAGAUCUAGACUAUGGUGGGAAUAAGCUUAGCUGCUUCCCCCUCAGAAUAAGUACUCUUCCCUCACUCCCAGCAAAACAUGAACAUGUCUUAAAGCACUUACACCAAGUUCCUUGAGACACAAUCUGGCAGUGCUGGAAAAGCAGCUCUGCUUGAUCUCUCAGUUUUGCCAACAGAUGCACAAUGGUUCUCUUGUUCCCUCUGACGUGUGUGUGAAAUUCAAAUGCUGGUGGGAGUUCUGUAUAUGGGUGGCAGGGAAGAACCCCACUCUCUCUGUGCAUCUAAACCAGUGCCACACCUGUUAGAAUAGCUGAUCUUUUUGCAAGCAGUUAGAUGCUCCUGCUGUAUUGUCCAUUGCUGGCAAUGGAAACACUGGAGUCUAUUUACCCAGAAUGGUUUUGGUGCCCAGUGUCUGAUCUAACUAACUAGCUGUAAGUGAGAAAUGUUCAACACUUCACCUGUACAAAAAGAAAUUUUACAGCCAAACUGUAUUGUUUCUGGUUUUUAAAUAAAGACUGCAGAAAAUCAACCGCAAUGUCUUUUUUUAACCAAGAAAAGUGAAUGUUUGCUCCAGAUCCAUGUAAAUCUACCAAAUAUCCACUAUAUCCUGUAAAUGGCCAUAGCAUCCCAUCUGCUCAUUACAUACACAUCACAAUUUGUACAACACAGCCACUAAAAGGAUGAUACCUCUUUCUGCAAAUCCUCAUCAACCAACACAUCACCACAGAAACAGCACAGGUCCAAAAUGUGAAUUCACCACAACAGUGCCUCAGGUUUCAGCAAUCCCAGAGUUCCUCAGAGUGGGUAAUAGUCUCUGGCUAAGCACUGAAAAGAUGGUAUUAACUGUACACUAUACAAUUUUAAUUUAUUUUUUUUUUUGUGUAAAGAUUUAAAAUGUAUUACAGUUAACUUUAAUACAAGAACAUACAAAGGCACAGUAUUACAGCAUUUCAAUCUACAAUCAUGUGUUUUCAUUAGACAGCUCAAACAGUGUGUAAUAAAGUGAGAGAUCUACAUGGUGCAGAACCCAUCAAGGCCUGAACCAAGGGAGGGAGCUACUAAUUCUUUUCUCACUCUAAUACCCUCAGCACUUAACAGUGCUUUACAGGCUAGUAAUAACCACAAGUAUUACAUGCUUGCCUGCAAUCUGUUCCUUCCCCAUCCAAUCACUCAUGAAAGAGUGUCAGUCAAACCAUCUAAUACCAACCAUGCCACAUCAGGAAAUCUCUGUACGAAAGGCUGACCAGCGUUUGCCAGCACUGCACA